GAAGACAAGGGUCAGACCCAACCCAGUACUGGCUCUGUACAACACCCAAGAAAUCCCACUCGACGCUCGCUUUUUAAUAAUCAGAGGAAUACAUAUUAGCAUCCUGCUCAUUCGUCAAGUUAUAUUCUGUCGGCGGCUGUCAUCCUUUUUUUUGUGUUCUCCACCACGUUUCGGUUCGGCAAAGCGUCUACAUUUUUUCAACCCACCGUUAGUUUCAAUAUUUACAAGCAUCCCAUCCUUCUCUUCUGCAUCCAUAUAAUCCCGUGAAUCCAUGUCUUCCGCUUCCACUUCGGGUCUCUCUGCUGCAGUCACGCGCAUCCUCUCCUUGAGCGGCUUCCCAAAAGAACUCAAGACAAAGGACAUCCAAACCGCAUUCGCAGAAUGGGAAAACAUGGGUGGCGGGUUUAAGAUCAAGUGGAGGGACGACACCAGUCUUUUAAUUGUCUUCCAAGACGCCUCUGUCGCUAAACGUGCCUAUCUCCACACGCUUGCCUUCCCUCCAUCCAUCAUGACAACCAAUUGUGUUGCCGUCAUAAGACCGUAUGACGCACCGGACGCUCAGCUCAUCAUUCAGGCUGUCAACUCUCGCGGUCUGCACAAUAGCAACCCUUCCCGCACACAUAAUAUGCGCGCCGCCUCUAUCUCCGUCUUUCCAACCCGUAGCGCGAACAAUAGCCAGUCCAGUAGCAGCGGUCUUCGGAACGGUACCCAAAACGGCCACGUGCUGAACACGACCAUCUCCGAGCAUGCACCUAAUCGAAUGAAUGGGCGUGAACCUUCACCAACGCUUCCUUCGCUUCCCUCUCACCCCUCCCUGAAUGAUCUCAUUAAUUCUUCCAUGCCACCCGAAGAUCCCGCUAUUCUUCACGCAGAGGGCCCUCCCAAGAUCGGUGACCCUGGCAAAAGGAUGCUGGGGGCUGCGCUCGGUGUAAGGCACCCUGGCUUGGGUCCGCGUGUCUUCAACGGAGGUGCAACCAUGAAUGGUGGCUCCGGUGCCAGUUCGAACGGACUGGACAGAGGCGUUCAGAAAGCGAUGAGUGGUCUUACCGUAGCCGAGUAGACGUUUCGAUGCCAUGCAAAGGUCUGGGGUUCCUGGAACCUGCUAAUCGGUGCUCUCCCUUUUCUGGCGAGAUGCAUAAUUUUUUGACGUGCCUCUCUGUUGGCU